GGAAUAUGGUAGAAUACAUGGAGGUUUUAUUUAAAUCUACGUUGUUUCGUGCUGACUUUUGACUGAAAUUACUUCGUGAAACAAUUUCAGUAGACUUGAUGAAUAAUAGCCACCAGUGCGUCAGCAUGCAGGAAUUUUUGGACAAAGCGACGGAAUUAUUGCAAUGGAUGCUGAAAGCCGAAAACACAUUAAGCAUCGUUGAAUUCGGAAUGAAACGAGGAGUUAGAAAACAGUUGAUAGUAGAAGGUACAAACCUACUGGAAAAUGGAGAAAGCGAGGACGAUGUUAUUCGGAGUGUCCUACGAAACAUAUCAGAAAAAUGGGAUCGCGUCAAACAAUUGCACUAUCGUACGAAACAUCAGCAUUAUGUACAACAGACAGACAAACAAAAAUGUUCAGAGAGUAAUGGAACUGAAAAUAGAAGUUUUUUAUGUUUACCUACGUUGGACAAAUUCGGUAAAACGAAUUCCAACAAUAAAUCCGAGUAUUUGUGUGCGUUGUCGAAAAAUCAAUUGACCUGUAACGAACAAAAUAUUUCGAAUACUGAAAGAAUCACUGGACCAAGAGGGACAUCUUUGCCACGUUUAAUAAUAUCCGAUGCGGAAGAAGUUCAAAGCAGUACUUCUAAUUUCUCGGAGAGUCCUCCUCCUACAUCUCAAUUAUCACUAUAUUUGAAUGGAGACAGUCCGUCUCCAAGCUCUACGGUUUCAAUAGAUUCUUUGGAAUGGGAUCCAAUGUCCGAAACAACAAAUGUUUCUGAUGAGGACAUGAACAGAAUUCAGUAUUUUGAAGAUGGUAUGACUGCAAAACAAUUGCCAGAUGAAAUAUUCUGCUUUCACUUGUGGCUCAAAUGUGAGGAACUUCGGACUUAUAAAGAAAUAGAUGAGAAAUUUGGAUGGGAUGAUAAAUAUUUAGCGAAAAUGUUGCAUCAGUGUGUGUCUCGAAAUGAAGACAUUUCUAAAAAAUCAGAGGCAUUUGACAUCAUAUCAUCAACGGCAGAAAAUUUUCUUGACAAUUCCAACCAAACAUCAAACUCAAACUGGAGCGCUAUCAAUGAAAUCAAACUUAGAUGGGCAAUAGUCAUGUUGAAGCAACGCUUACUCAAUCUUCAAAUUUUUAUCUGUGAUCUGCAAUGCAUUUUAGAAAGAAGAUUAGAACUGAUUGACAAGAAAUUUCAAACGAAAAAUGUGAUCAGACAUCCCAUAAAUGAUGUUUGGAGUGACUGCGGCACAAUAACGAAGAUAGAAUGUGAAUUUUCCGACGAGGAUUACAUCAUAACAAUAUUAGAAAUAUAAAAAUAUAUACGCUGUUUCAGCUGAUCCCAAAAGGUGCGGCGCUGCAGAGACGAGGAAGAAGAGUUGACCUUUUACCUUUAUUUUUAGGCAUACAUGUUUACAAACUUUAAAUAGCAUAAUAUACAUAUUAACUAUCACAAAAUUGAGUUUAUUUGAAAGCAGCUUUUUUUCGUGUAAGAGCGCCGUGAGAUUUUUUCCCUAAUAUGGCGCCGCACGAACAAAAAGUUUAGGAACCGGUAUGGAAAUGAAGAUGAAAAAAAUUG